AUGCAUGAACAAGAAACCAUCACCACAAGUUCUCAAACUUCCUACAUAUAUAUUUAUGCCCACGCCGAUUCCCCUCUUAAAGCAAUCUCUUCCUUUCACCGCCACAACUACGCACAGAUAAGAUGGAGAUCAGUGCUCGGAUCAUCCUCGCUCUGGGACUAGCAUCCCUCUUUGUUUCCUCGACGACCGUCGCCGCUGCAGCUGAUGCGGUUUUUGGAUAUGGGAACGGGCCUAAUGGGCCUCAGCACUGGGGUAGUUUGAACCCGCAGUGGCGCCUCUGCAAUGGUGGGGGGCGGCAGUCUCCGAUCAACAUUGCCAAGGAAAAUAUCACGGACCGUCCUAAGCCGGAGACGCUGGCUAGAGAUUAUGCGGACGCGAAAGCUACACUUGUCAACAACGGCUACAAUAUUAUGGUGAGGUAUGAUGAGGGGGUCGGCACUGCUUUCAUUGAGGAGAAGAACUAUUCACUUCAGCAAGUGCAUUGGCACAUGCCCUCUGAGCACACUUUGAACGGUGAAAGGUACGAUGCUGAGCUCCACAUGGUUCACAAAAAGGAUAACUUUUAUGCCGUGGUUGCUAUCCUCUAUAAAAUCGGACAUCCCGAUACAUUUCUUAACCAGCUAAUGGAUGGUUUGGAGAAACUAGCAAAGGAAAAAUGCAGCGAUAAUCAAGAGGCGAGUGUCCCAGUGGGGGUAAUAGACAACAAGUCAUUGAGGCGCUCCACCAAAAAAUACUAUCGAUACGAGGGAUCCCUCACGGCGCCACCCUGCAACGAAGGUGUCAUCUGGAGUAUCCUCGGCAAGGUUAGAGAAAUGUCACCGGCUCAGGCUGCCGCUCUCAGAGCACCUCUUGCUGAAGCGUACCGUAACAACUCAAGACCGAUACAGCCGUCGAACGGGAGAAGCGUGUGGAUGGUAGACGAAGGGAAGAACAAGGAAGACGGCCCGGACGCUUAGAACCGCAAUGUGUAACAAACGCCACUAUUUGCUCGUCAAUUGAAGGGAGAUUCGUCUCAUGAGCUCGUGACAUUUUUAUUUUAUUAUGUCAUGAAGAUAUAUUAAUUUGUAAUAAGGCCUCCUACAAGGAGCCAUCUCGUUUGUCUUUGUAUGGGCUUGAGAAUUUACUUAUUUUUCUUUAUGUACAUGUUAGGGGUGUAACAUGAGGUUAAUGUCACAUUAUUCAUCGAUUAAAUUCUACUAA